CCUAUCUCGAAAUAGCAAGCAAUGAUGAAUCCUAUCAGUUGCAUCUGGGCAUGAUAGGCAAUCAUGCAGAUCGAUUCUCGGAUUUGAGCAUUGCUUGACUUUGACAUUCCAUCAUGUCCAGCAACAUUCACGACGAUAACAUUGCACCUGGCACCGUCAGGCUCAUUGACGCCAAUGGUGAACUCAACGUCAAGCACUCUGCGGGCCAUGGCGACAUUGUCCUUGUGCCAACGCCGUCUGACGACCCGGAGGACCCUCUCAACUGGACAAAGAAGCGCAAGCUAUUACAGACUGCAUGUAUGGUCGUGUAUACAGUUAUGAUGGUCUUCCCGAGUGCUGCUGUCUAUUCAGUCGCCAAACCCAUAUCAACGUCAACUGGAAUCAGUAUCACAACAAUUAAUCGAGGCACUGGCGUUAUGUUUCUCUUGUACGGCUGGAGUACAAUCUUCUGGCAGGCCGUAGCUCUCCAGUAUGGUAAGCGACCGGUAUACCUUGUCUCCGCGGCUGCCUCAGUUGUCGUCAUGGCUGUUGCACCGAUGUGUCGUUCUUCCGGCACUUAUCUGGCAAUCAGAAUCAUUCAGGGGUUCUUUGGUGGACCGGUCGAAAGUCUUUGUGAAAUCAGUAUGACCGAUAUCUGGUUUGCACAUGAAAGACCUCUCUACAUAGCUUUAUAUGGCGUAUCGCUCGGCGCAUCCGGCAAGCUAGCUCCAGUGUUUAGCGCGUUCAUUAACAGUGGAAUGGGCUGGGAAUGGACCCUGUGGUGGUGUGCUAUAGGCAUCGGCAUCGCUUUCAUUUUUUGUCUUUUUCUCAUGGAAGAGACAAACUACGACCGACGUACAACACAUUCGUCAUUGUCUAGUUCGCAAGCUAGCUUGGAGGUUGUCGGCGACUCUACCCUCUUCACGUCCGAGAAGGAUGCCGCCAAGGAUGGUGUACAUGUCAGCGACCCUGCAUCACUAGAUGACAAGAAACAUUCCGAAGAUCACAACCCUAUCGAUCCAGCAGCCGCAGAAGUGGGACAAAUCGCAUACCCUCGAAAGACUUACUGGCAAAAACUCAGCGUGGUCGACAAAAAGCGACCAAAUCGCAUGCUGGAUAUCAUGGUGGCACCCUUCAAGUUCUUCAGAUUUCCCUGCGUGGUAUUUGCGGGUGCAAUGUAUGGGCUACAAGGUUUGGUGUAUCCUGGAAUCCUUAACGCCACAGCCAGCGUCACCUACACGAACAGCUACUAUCACUUUUCCAGCGAUGCAGUGGGCUUUGCUUACUUCGCGGCCGUCGUAGGCAUGAUUAUCGGCUCCAUCUGGGUGACUCUCGCAGGACCAUGGCUCGUCAUCAAGCUGGCACGUCGUCGGGGUGGCAUCUCCGAGCCAGAAGAUAUUUUGUGGCUGUUCACCGCCUCAUUCAUCGUGGUCCCGUUCGCACUCAUCUUGUGGGGCGUUGGCUCAACGUACCACGUGCAUUGGUUUGGGUUGGUCUUUGCUCAAGCUAUACUAGCUAUCUCGAGUACACUGUGUCUGUCUACAGCUAUUCAGUAUGCGACAAGUGCUUAUCGAGACCUGAGUGGUGAGUUGAUCACAACCAUCAUCCUGAUUAGGAAUACGCUUAGCUUUGCCAUCAACUAUGGCAUCAACCCUUGGAUCGAAGCAAUGGGAACACGAAACACGUUCAUCACAGCGGCAGUGAUAGCAUUUGUGCUCAAUGGCACCAUGUUCUUGAUCAUCCCAUAUGGCCGCCGACUUCGCGAACACAGUGCGAGAAGAUACUGGACCUAUGUUGAGAAGGCAAGAGCCAAGGGAUUAGGUCAUUAGAAUUAGUGAGGAUCAAUCAAGCUUCAACUCGCAGGGGG